CCAGUUUGCAGCGUAAGCCCUCUUUAGAGGAACUGGCGGUUUAGGAGAACUGUUGAAAUUACUGCUCCUACAACUGCUUCCUUUCACAUCUUUCAGUUUGCACCACAUUCACUGGCAGCUGCUGAGGUCUGCACAGAGCAGGGACUUCCUGCAUCAUGAAAACUCUCAGGGCUGCCCUGCUCCUCUGGACAGUGGCGGCAUGUGCUGAGACAGACGACCCUCUGGAAGAAGUGGAUGAAACUGGAUUCCAAAAAUGCCGGGAUGCUUUGAAACUGCCUGUCCUGGAAGUCCUCCCUGGAGGAGGAUGGGACAAUCUGCGGAACAUGGACAUGGGACGAGUGAUGGCCCUGACCUACACUCACUGCAGGACCACGGAGGACGGCCAGUACAUCAUCCCCAACGAAGUGUUCACCGUUCCCCAGAAGCAGAGCGCGCUGGAGAUGAACUCGGAGAUCCUGGAAUCCUGGAUGGAUUACAAGAGCAGCACCUCCUCCUCUAUCAACCUGGACAUCUCCCUUUUUUCCAAAGUCAACGGCAAGUUCUCUGCCGAGUUCCAGAGGUUGAAGACCCUCCAAGUGAGGGACCAGGCUUUCACCACUCGAGUUGAAGUCAGAAACGUGAUCUACACAGUCAAAAUCAACCCAGCCUCGGAGCUCACCUGGGAGUUCAAGAAGGAGCUCCUGGACAUCUCCGAUGUCGCCCUCUGCCCGAACCUGGAGCAGAAGAAUCCGCUCACAGGUGACUUCUCCUGCCCCUCUGGCUACACCGCAGUCCGUCUGCUGUCUCAGAUCCACGAGGAGGGUUACAACCACCUGGAGUGUAAGAAAAAGUGCACCCUCUACAUCUUCUGCAAGACAGUAUGUGAAGACGUGUUCCGGGUAGCGAGGGCUCAAUUCAGGGCGUUUUGGUGCGCAGCCAGUAGCCAGGACCUGGGAAACCUGGGACUUCUCUUCGGAGGUCUCUUCAGCAGCAGGAGUGUGAAUCCCCUGACCAACCAGCAGUCCUGCCCUGCCGGCUACACUAUACUGAACCUCUUUGAAACCCUCAAGGUAUGUGUUACUCAGGACUAUGAGCUGGGACACCGGUUUUCCAUUCCCUUUGGCGGCUUCUUCAGCUGUGCAGUUGGGAACCCCUUGAUCAAUUCUACCUUGUCUAGAGACCUUCAGAAACGGUGUCCUGGGGGGUUCAGCCAGCACCUCGCCCUCAUCAGCGAUGGGUGCCAGGUGUCCUACUGUGUCAGGGCUGGGGCAUUUACCGGGUGGUCCCUGCCCACUGCCAGACUCCCACCUUUCACCCGGCCACCCCUCAUGAGCCAGGCUGCCACCAACACCGUCAUAGUGACCAACAGUGAGAGCUCGAGCUCUUGGUUUAGAGAUUCCCAGACUCACCGCUGGAGGCUAGGAGAGCCGCAGGAGCUACGCAGAACCAUGAGGAACAUCCAAGGGGAAAACGGAGGCCUGUCUGGAGGGGCAGCAGUGGGGGUCUCAGUGGCGGUCACCUCCCUCCUGGCUGCUCUCAUUGCUUUGGCUUUCUAUGGUAUCCGGAAGUACAGGAGCAAAGGACACCAUGCAAUCAAUCGGGAGCAGGAGAGGUUGCUACCAGAGACUGCCCCAGGGACCAUCCCUGAACUGGAGCCCGAGCACCAGGCAGCUUAGGUCUCUAAAUCCAGGCACUGUCUCUCCUGCAUGCAGAAGUUCUGUUGUUUCUGAUCACAGCUUCGAGCACACCGCUCAUCCUUUCCCUCUCCACGUCUGUCUUCCCACAUAACAAAGUGCCACACAUAACAAAAUCAGGUACAACUCUGUGAC